AUGUCGACUACUGCAAGCAAUACCGAUAUCGAAAAACCACCCCUGGAGGAGGCCGAGGCCGCUCCAGAGCAGGAGUAUCCCCCUUUUGCUGCUGUCGCGGUCAUCAUCCUGGGUCUCUACCUCUCCGUCUUUCUCGUCGCGCUCGACCAGACCAUCAUCUCGGUGGCCAUUCCCGAAAUCACGAAUCAGUUCAAGAGUAUCGAAGACAUCGCCUGGUAUGGAAGUGCGUACUUUUUGACCUCGACGGCCCUGCAGCCGUCCUACGGUCGACUCUACAAGAUUUUCAGCGCAAAAUGGGCUUUCCUCUUCGCCGUCUUUGUGUUCGAGCUCGGCUCCCUCAUCUGCGCUGUCGCUCCAUCUAGCACUGUGCUGAUCGUCGGACGCGCCAUUGCUGGCAUUGGAGUUGCUGGUAUCUUCUCCGGCGCAAUGGUCAUUAUCGCAUUGACUGUCCCACUCGCAAAACGACCACUGGUCUUUGGAAUGUUUGGCAUGGUCUGGGGCAUUGCCUCCAUCGCUGGCCCCUUGCUUGGUGGCGCCUUCACCGACUCGGUCAGCUGGCGCUGGUGCUUCUACAUCAAUCUCCCCAUCGGAGGCGUCUCCCUCGCCAUCAUCAUGUUCGUCCUCAAGCUCCCCGAGCAGAAAGAAUUCAAGGGAACCCCGGUCCUCGAACGCAUCAAGCAACUCGACUUCAUCGGCGCCUCCCUGAUCAUCCCCUGCAUCAUCUGCCUCUUGCUCGCUCUGCAGUGGGGCGGCAACAAGUACGCCUGGAACAACAGCCGCAUCAUCGGCCUCUUCAUCGGCUUCGGUCUCCUCCUCAUCCUCACCAUCUACUCGCAAAUCAAGCUCGCCGACCGCGCCACUCUCCCACCGCGCAUCAUGAUACAGCGCUCCGUAGUCGCAUCUUGCACAUACGCCCUGCUCUUCGGCGGGUCAUUCUUCGUCCUUGUGUACUACCUCCCCAUCUUCUUCCAGAGCGUCCGUGGCGCGUCAGCCAUGAAAUCGGGCAUCCAGCUGCUGCCCCUCAUGCUCGCGACCGUCGUCUCCUCUGUGCUCACAGGCGUGUUUGUCACGAUCUUCGGAUACUACACUCCCUUCCUGAUCGGUAGCACCGCACUCGCGGCCAUUGGCGGGGGCCUGCUAACCCUCUACUCCAUCGACAUCUCCGACGGAAAAUGGAUCGGCUACCAGAUCCUCCUCGGCGCAGGUGUCGGCGCGGGCUUCCAAGUCCCCAUGACAGCCGUACAGACCUCGCUCAAGGCAGCCGACAUCCCACAGGGCACAGCAGCAGUCAUGUUCUUCCAAACCCUCGGCGGCGCCCUCUUCAUCGCCGUCGGCCAAUCGCUCUUCCAGAACGGUCUCAUUGACGGGAUCAAGAACUACGCGCCCUCGGUUGACCCCGCUGAUAUCGUCGAAGCGGGCGCGACGGAGAUGAGGUCUAUCUUGGAGAGAUUGGGACAGACCGACCAGUUGCGGAAUGUCAUUCUGGCGUAUCUGGACGGGUUGAAGGAUUCGUAUCGCCUCAGUGUCGCGCUGUUCUGUGUUGCGUUUGUCGCAGCUUGUACGUUUGAGUGGAAGAGUGUCAAGGAUGGCGGCGCUGAUGGGAAGAAGGAAGCUGCUGUGCCGGCGUUGUAG